GUGACUACAGCCUGCUUCCUGUAGCCUGGUUGAGGAAGUGGAUUCCGCUGACAGGGUUGGGCACAGUGAGGGAGAGGCGAAUAAAACAUCUAAACAGGGCAACAAAAAGCAACCCAACACGGAAUAACCCGUGCAGUCGCUGCAGAGUUUAGGAUUACUGUCACCGUGCUUCCGUGACCGCAGAGUCAGCCUCAGUCCGCCGCAAACAUGACUGAUUCACAGCUGGACUGUGCCCUGGAUCUGAUGAGGCGCCUGCCUCCUCAGCAGAUCGAGAAGAACCUCAGUGACCUCAUCGACCUGGUGCCCGAACUGUGUGAGGAUCUACUCUCCUCCGUGGACCAGCCCCUGAAGAUCGCCAGAGAUAAAGUCGUGGGAAAAGACUACCUCCUGUGUGACUACAAUCGAGAUGGCGACUCCUACAGGUCCCCCUGGAGUAAUAAGUACGACCCUUACAUUGAAGAUGGUGCGAUGCCAUCUGCUCGCCUGAGGAAAUUGGAGGUGGAGGCAAACAAUGCCUUCGACCAGUACAGAGAUCUGUACUUUGAGGGGGGGGUGUCCUCUGUGUACCUCUGGGAUUUGGAUCAUGGCUUUGCAGGCGUUAUUCUCAUCAAGAAGGCAGGCGACGGAUCCAAGAAGAUCAAAGGGUGCUGGGACUCCAUCCAUGUGGUGGAGGUGCAGGAGAAGUCUAGUGGCCGUACUGCGCAUUACAAACUCACUUCCACUGUCAUGCUUUGGCUUCAGACAACUAAGACCACCUCUGGUACCAUGAAUCUGGGUGGCAGCCUCACACGACAGGUUGAAAAAGAUGAAACAGUUGGAGAAUCCUCACCUCACAUCGCUAACAUCGGCCGCCUUGUUGAAGACAUGGAGAAUAAGAUCCGCUCUACACUGAAUGAAAUCUACUUUGGGAAGACUAAAGACAUUGUCAAUGGCCUAAGGAGCGUAACACCUCUGGCCGAUAAGCCAAUGCAGGCGUCUCUGAAGAAUGACCUGAUGGAGGCACUCAGGCAAAGGCAGCAGCAGUAGAAGAAAUCCCCUCUGUUCUGUUCUUUGUCUGCUCCUCUCUCGUUCAGCCAAUGUUUUGUUCGUCAUCUCCCUCCAUGUCUGUUUCAGUGCUGCACUCUCAUUUAAUUGUGGGGAAAAAAAGGAGAAAAUGCUUAGCUUUUUAUUUGUUUUUUUGUUUAAUUUGUUGCCAUGAAGCCAUUCACACACUCACCUGUCUGUCUUCCCUCCCUAAUCUGAAUAUUAAGAUAGUAUUACAACGGUUUAUGAUAAUCUUUGCAGUGUGAGGGCCACUGUAGUUAUAAUCCCUAAUAGUGGAUUUGGACACAAACUGCUUUGUUGGCAGUGUAUCUGUUUUUGUCAUAUACAUCAGAUUAAUUUACUGCACCUUUUUACCUAUAGCACCCUCUAAUAUAUUUGUAUAGUAUCUUUCUUUCAUCUGAAAAAGGUGCAGAAGUCAUCACAUGGGGUCAGCUGUUGUAUUGUCUCCUCUCACUGUAUAAUAAUACCCAGUCAGUUCACUCCUCCGGUUUGGCUCAUCCCACUCCCAUCUCAUCAUGUAUGUCUUUAUUGGGGGUCACUGUUUGUCCUUUGUUUCCAUUUUGGAGGGGAAUCUUUUGUUGAUUUUUGUUUUGUUUUGUUUUUUGUUUUUAUUUUGUAAAGCUUACGAUUGAUAUUGUAUUAGAGCCUCCAGCAACAAUAAAAACUGUAAAAAGCUA